AUGCUCAUUUCGCAGAGUAAUUUGGCACGUCAAGCCAUUUGGCUGCGCCAGGGCGUCCUCAACUCAACUCAUUCGCCCCUAUCAACCACAUUAUGUGCCAACUCCAUCCGAAGGUUGGCAACUCCCUCUAGCCCGCCAUCCGCAAGAUUUCGGUUACCACGACCGGAAAGGUGGGACGAAAGCAAAGAAUCAGUUUUGGACAAGGCUGGGAAGUAUUUUCUAAUGACAGAAAUGGCGCGCGGAAUGUAUGUUGUGUUGGAGCAAUAUUUCCGACCUCCAUACACCAUCUAUUACCCAUUUGAAAAGGGUCCAAUUUCGCCUCGUUUCCGUGGGGAACAUGCUCUCCGAAGAUAUCCCUCAGGAGAAGAGCGUUGCAUAGCAUGCAAGCUCUGUGAAGCGAUAUGCCCUGCCCAGGCUAUUACUAUUGAAGCGGAAGAGCGUGCAGACGGUAGUAGAAGAACAACGCGAUAUGAUAUAGACAUGACUAAAUGCAUAUAUUGUGGUUUUUGUCAGGAAAGCUGUCCAGUGGACGCAAUUGUGGAGUCACCCAAUGCAGAGUAUGCCACUGAAACUAGAGAAGAGCUUCUAUAUAACAAAGAGAAAUUACUAGCUAAUGGAGAUAAAUGGGAGCCGGAAAUUGCUGCAGCGGCUCGAGCAGAUGCACCAUACAGAUAA